UUACCUUCUAGUACUGAUUCUUCUAGUAAAGCAGUGACAACAGAAUCAAAACUAGGAACUACAUCUAAAUCAACAUUAACCAUAAACCCAGAAACGUCUACUACCGUUGAUACAACAUCGUCUACUGUUUCAUCAGAUAAAUUACCUUAUAGUACUGACUCUUAUAGUAAAGCAGUGACAACCGAAUCAAAAUCUGGAACUUCAUCUAAAUCAACAUCAAUCAUAAACCCAGAAACGUCUACUUCCAUUGAUAGUACAUCGUCUACUGCUUCAUCAAAUCAAUUACCUUCUACAACUGAUUCUUCUGGUAAAGCAGUGUCAACCGAAUCAACUCCUCUAACUUCAUCUAAAUCAACAUCAAUCAUAAACCCAGAAACUUCUACUUCCAUUGAUAGUACAUCGUCUACUGCUUCAUCAAAUCAAUUACCUUCUACAACUGAUUCUUCUAGUAAAGCAGUGUCAACCGAAUCAACUCCUCUAACUUCAUCUAAAUCAACAACCAUAAACCCAGAAAAGUCUACUUCCAUUGAUACUACAUCGUCUACUGCUUCAUCAGAUCAGUUACCUUCUAGUACUGAUUCUUCUAGUAAAACCGUGUCUGCUGAAUCAACACCUGGAACUUUAUCUAAAUCUACAUUAACCAUAAACCCAGAAAAGUCUACUUCCAUUGAUACUACAUCGUUUACUGCUUCAUCAGAUCAGUUACCUUCUAGUACUGAUUCUUCUAGUAAAACCGUGUCUGCUGAAUCAACACCUAGAACUUCAAACUUUACUGCUGAUUAUUCCACCGAAUCCUCAAAUUCUAGUGGCACUGAUACUUCUUUAUCAACUUUAUCUUUGCCUUCAUCAACUAGCACUUCCAGUGCAGUAUCUUUUUCAGUUAGUGAAGAGGUUUCCAGUACGAUAAAAGAUCAUGAUCUAUGUCAUCCAAAUCCAUGUGAAAACGGCGGUUCCUGCAAAGGAAAUUACACAGACUUCACGUGUGUAUGUGAAUUCGGUUAUGUUACUAAGAAUUGUUCUAAACUUGAUUACUGUCAGUACAAGAUCCCCAAGAAUAAUAUCACAGGUAACGAUUAUUGCGCCAGUAAAAACGCCGCAUGUGAGAAUGAUCUCAACAAAGCACAAUACCAAUGCACGUGUAACGGCACCAAUGUGUGGGACGAAGAUAUAGGAUGUUACUCUAACCCUUGCGAUGAAAAUCCCUGUCAGAAUGGUGGAUCUUGCACAAACGAGAAGAAUAACUUUACUUGUAUCUGUACACAGGAAUAUAUUGGAGAAAACUGUGAAUAUCGUAACCCUUGUAACCCCAAUCCUUGUGAAAACAACGGAAUCUGCAUCCAGGACUUUCAAAAUUAUACGUGUGACUGUCAAUAUGGCUUCGUCGAUUACAAUUGUACCACAGAAGAUUACUGUGAAUACCGUCUGGAAAACGAUGAAACUGGUAAAAAACUAUGCGCAGAAAAAAUGCCACUUGUUCUAGCAGAAAUUCCGAUAAAACAUUCGCGUGCAACUGUGGAGAAAACAAAUACUUCGACUAUAAGAAAUCAAAAUGUAGAGAACUUAAUCCAUGUACAUAUAAUGAAAAUUGUACUAAUCUAGUUUGUCAAGAAACCAAUAACACAUGGGUGUGUAAGUGUGCAGAAGGAUAUGAAAAGAAAACUGACCAGAGCACAUGUGAGCGUGAGUAUUCUAAUAGAUAUCUAU